AUGGAAACGCCACCGAGAGGAAGGAAGGCGCCAACGCCUGCGUCGUCCAAGAAGCUGCACGCGCGUCUCAAGCGCCAAAUGGAGGGUGAAAUGGACGUGGAAGGCAACCCUGAGAUGGAACGCAUGGGCGACGAGAAUUUGAAGCAACGUAUUAACGUUAACGGCGAUGAGCUGGAAAAUGGACACGCAGACUGA